AGCGAAAGUCGAGUGUCAAUCAGUUGUGUUGAGCGUGUGUGCCGAAGUAGAGAGUUUGCCGAGCGGAAACUAGAAAGUGUAGGCUCAAUGGCGUCGCUGUCACUCUUGCGCACUCUCAGACAGAGCAGCGGCAUCAGCAGUGUUAGUCUUAGUGUUGGUAGAUUGUUGUCGUCAGGAGGAGCAGGUGUUGUGAACGAUGAGUUUGUCCAAGAUUCUGAGGAAAGUGACAACCUGAAGAGCAGAGUCUUCAGUCUCAGGCAGCCCAAGAGAAGCGCCACCAACGUUCUUCAGAGAUGGGUCUCUGAAGGCAACCCAAUUUCCAUUUCGGACCUCCGCCAGAUCUCGAAGGACCUCAGCAAGUGUCACCGUUACAAGCACGCCCUCGAGAUAUCCGAGUGGAUGGUCAGUCAUAAUGAUUUUGAGCUAUCAGAUUCUGACUAUGCAGUCCGCAUUGUCUUGAUGACAAAAGUUUUUGGCAUCGAUGCUGCGGAACGAUACUUUGAAGGUCUACCUCUUACUGCAAAAACAAGUGAAACAUAUACUGCUCUUCUCCACUCUUAUGCUGGGGCAAAAUUGACUGAAAAGGCUGAGAACCUCUAUGAGAGGAUAAAGGAAUCUAACCUGUCCCUUAGUGCCCUUACAUACAAUGAGAUGAUGACUUUGUACAUGUCAGUGGGGCAAGUAGAGAAGGUCUCUUUAGUCGUGGAAGAUCUGAAAUGCCACAAGGUUGCACCGGAUAUCUUCACUUACAAUCUUUGGAUUAGUUCAUGUGCUGCAACUCUAAAGAUUGAUCAACUUCAACAGAUUUUAGAUGAAAUGAGACAUGAUCCUGGUUUUGGCGAAGGAUGGGAGAGAUACAUUAACCUGGCAAAUAUAUAUGUUAGCAUUGGGCAUCUUGUGAAUGCAGAGUGCAGCACUCUAGUAGUUGAAGCUGAGAAAGUAAUCACACAAAGAGAAUGGAUCACGUACGACUUCCUUAUUAUUCUGCAUGCUGGUUUAGGAAAUAAGGAAAGGAUUGAUCAGAUAUGGAAAUCCUUGAUAAUGACUGGGCAAAAGAUGACAAGUAGAAACUAUAUUUGCAUUCUUUCUUCAUACCUAAUGCUUGGCCAGUUAAAAGAAGUAGGAGAAGUUAUUGAUCGGUGGAGGCAAUCAACUACUACAGAUUUUUCUGUUACUGCCUGCAGUAGGGUUUUCAAAGCUUUCACAGACAUUGGGUUGACUGAAAAGGCCCACAACUUCAAGAUGCUUCUGAUUCAGAAGAACUGUGAUCCUACAAAUUCGUUAGAGUAGAAGAAAAAAAAUUAUUUUUGGUGGAGAUAGUGGAACGUAUAUGCAACAAUUUAUGAUGUCUGGAUCAUUUUAUCAAAUGACUGAAUAAUAUACCAGUAUUCAGCUGGGUUGAUAGUUCCACUGUUUUGUUUCUAUGUUUAGUCUCACGUAUAUUGUUUUAUGGAAAAUUGAAGUUUGUGUUUAUCCUUCC